AUGAGCACCGUCUACGCGGGCACGUCGUAUGAGUACGUCACUCAGGCUACGUUGCGGGAUUAUGGCUUCGAACUAUACCGCGUAGGUGGGCGGGGUGAUCGCGGCGUCGAUCUUAUUGGCAUAUGGCGCGUUCCCGGGUCGUCGGCGGGGAAGCGCCAGGCGAUGGGAAAGGAGAAGGAGCAGGAGAACGAUAUAUCACCACAGCAGCUUGGUUCUGAAUCUUCAUCGCGCGGGCCUCCUCGAUAUGAGACGCCCGCUUUCGCCUUCAAGGUCCUCGUGCAAUGUAAGCGGCUAGUGGGCAAGCACGCGAAGAUCGGCCCCCACUUGAUCAGAGAGCUUGACGGCACGGUGCGAGCAGCGCGGAUUACACCUCUCUUUGACGCGGUCUUUCCACACAACGGUCCCAAUACAGAUACAUAUACCGCUUCAGCGCGAGAGAAGCAGAACGAAAGCCCUGAGGCGGAUGCGGAUGCGGACGCGGACGGUGAUAUCGACACUCACAUUGUCCCUUAUAAAACACCCGAGCAUCAGCACCACUCUCCCUCUCACGGAGCUUCACAUCUCGCAGCCGCCGCUGCCGGAGGGACCGGAACCGCUGGGCCGACCAUCGGCGUCCUAGUCAGCACCAAACCCGCGACGAAAGGCGUGGUGGAUAGCAUGCGGAGGUCAUCUCGCGGAUUAGUCUGGAUUAUGAUGGAACAGGUUCGAGCCACUCCAGAAAUUGGGCUCGAAGGCGGUGACCCCACCUUAUGUCGAAGCAAGACGCAAUCCGCAGAGCAGCAAGAGGACGACUCUUCUUCAUCAGAACCAGAAUCAGAGGCUCCCUCACCACCCUCGCCACCGGACUUCUCUAGCCGUGGCAGGGUCAAACAAAUCCUCUGGAACCAAGCGGCGCGCGAUCUGGGUCUCGAGGGCGUAGACGUGGUGAAGCGGUACGAUGGCGAGGGUGAUGAAGAGGUGGUUCUGAUGCGUGGAGGGCGGGUCUGGUGUCCGAGUUGA